GAUGUUACAUACUUUAAUAGGUCACCAAGGAGAGAUUAGCAGUGCACAGUUCAACUGGAACUGUUCUCUCAUUGUCACUGGCUCAAUGGGCAACACAUGCAUGCUGUGGAAUGCUAUGACUGGGACACAUAUAGCAACUUUAACGGGUCAUAGUGAUGAAAUACUGGAUGUCUGCUUUGAUUAUGCUGGUCAGCGUAUUGCAACUGCCUCUGCUGAUAGAUCAGCAAGAGUCUAUAAUGCAGAAACAAAAAAGUGCAUUGCAAAGCUAGAAGGGCAUGGAGGUGAAAUUUCGAAGAUAUGUUUCAACCCUAAAGGGAGUCGUAUACUAACAGCUAGCUAUGAUAAAACAGCUCGCCUCUGGGAUGCUGCUACUGGACAUUGCCUUCAGAUAUUAGAGGGUCACACUGGUGAGAUACACUCCUGUGUUUUCAAUUACAAAGGUGAUAUAAUUAUUACAGGAAGCAAGGAUAACACCUGUAGAAUAUGGCACUGA